CCACCACCUCGGCUCCCUCAACGAAUCCACCAUGUCGACGCCGCCGACCCGCAACGCCAUCCUGAACCUCUACGCCUCGACGCUGCGCGCCUCUCGCGCGUUCAGCUCGUACAACUUCCGGAACUACUUUAUCCGCCGCACGAAGGACACGUUCAGGCAGAUCCAGAAUGAGCAGGACCCACAAAAGCUGACGUCGUUCUACAACGAAGCGCGCAAGGAGCUUGCAGUCCUGAAACGAAGCGCCGUGGUUAACCAGCUGUAUGGCGGGUGGAGGCUGGUUGUUGAGAAGCAGAAGCCAGAGCGGGAGCGGGGGAAUAACUAGGAUGUCUACCUUAGAGGGAACUUGGGUUAGCUGGUGUUGCUUGUAUUGUAUCCCUUGCUAAUUGAUGUACAACAGACAUGACGUUCGCAUCCUUCUCAGCGCACAGACACCCGCAUCAUCGGCGGGUCGCACUCACCCUCACGACAUUUCGCCGUUCCGCCCGUAACUUGUCUUACCUUUUGCGAAGUUAUCAUCAUACAUCAAC